GGAUCUCCACGUGACACCGGAAAUGUAGUAGAAGAAGAACAUCGCCAGCCCGAGCUAAUCCCGCCUAGCUUCUCUGUCCUGCUUGUUUUCAGGAACAGAAGCCUCUCAGAGACGUUAUUCAGAAACAUGCCGGCGGUGUCUAAAGGAGACGGGAUGCGCGGCCUCGCCGUUUUCAUCUCGGACAUCCGGAACUGUAAAAGUAAGGAGGCAGAGGUGAAGAGAAUAAACAAAGAGUUGGCCAACAUUCGCUCCAAGUUUAAAGGAGAUAAAGCUCUCGAUGGCUACAGUAAGAAGAAAUACGUGUGUAAGCUGCUGUUUAUUUUCCUGUUGGGCCACGACAUUGACUUCGGCCACAUGGAGGCGGUGAACCUUCUCAGCUCCAACAAAUACACGGAGAAGCAGAUCGGCUACCUGUUUAUCUCAGUGCUGGUGAACAGCAACAGCGAUCUGAUCCGCCUCAUCAAUAACGCCAUAAAGAAUGACCUGGGCAGCAGGAACCCCACCUUCAUGAACCUGGCGCUGCACUGCAUCGCCAACGUGGGCAGCAGAGAGAUGGCCGAAGCGUUCGCUUCAGAGGUGCCGCGCAUCCUGGUGGCAGGAGACACAAUGGACAGCGUGAAGCAAAGCGCCGCUCUGUGUUUAUUACGGCUCAACCGGACGUCCCCUGAUCUGAUCCCCAUGGGCGAGUGGACGUCACGUGUGGUGCAUCUUCUCAACGAUCAGCACCUGGGAGUGGUGACGGCGGCAACAAGUCUCAUCAUCACUCUGGCUCAGAAGAACCCAGACGACUUUAAGACCGCCGUGUCACUGGCUGUGGCCAGACUCAGUAGGAUCGUCACGUCAGCAUCCACUGACCUACAGGACUACACGUAUUAUUUUGUAGCAGCUCCGUGGCUGUCAGUCAAAAUGCUCCGCCUACUGCAGUGUUAUCCACCACCAGAGGACGCAGCGAUUCGUGGACGCCUCACCGAGUGCCUGGAGACCAUCCUGAACAAAGCGCAGGAGCCUCCCAAAUCCAAGAAAGUGCAGCACUCCAAUGCCAAGAACGCAGUGCUGUUCGAGGCCAUCGCUCUCAUCAUCCACCACGACAGUGAGCCCACCCUGCUGGUUCGAGCCUGUAAUCAGUUGGGUCAGUUCCUUCAGCACAGAGAGACCAACCUGCGCUACCUGGCCCUGGAGAGCAUGUGCACGCUGGCGAGUUCUGAGUUUUCCCACGAGGCUGUAAAAACCCACAUCGACACCGUAAUCAACGCACUAAAGACUGAGCGUGAUGUGAGUGUGAGGCAGCGUGCUGUGGAUCUUCUCUACGCCAUGUGUGACCGCAGCAACGCCAAACAGAUAGUCGCGGAGAUGCUCAGCUACCUGGAGACGGCCGAUUACUCCAUCAGAGAAGAGAUUGUUUUGAAGGUGGCAAUCCUGGCAGAAAAGUACGCAGUGGAUUACACGUGGUACGUAGACACCAUCCUGAACCUGAUCCGCAUUGCCGGGGAUUACGUAAGCGAGGAAGUUUGGUACCGAGUCAUUCAGAUCGUCAUCAACCGAGACGACGUGCAGGGAUACGCCGCGAAAACCGUGUUUGAGGCCCUGCAGGCCCCAGCCUGCCACGAAAACCUGGUAAAAGUGGGCGGAUACAUUCUGGGCGAGUUUGGAAACCUUAUUGCCGGAGACCCACGCUCAAGUCCACUUAUUCAGUUUAACCUCCUCCACUCGAAGUUCCACCUGUGUUCGGUUCCCACUCGUGCUCUGCUGCUUUCGGCAUACGUCAAGUUCAUCAACCUUUUCCCUGAGGUGAAGGGCACCAUACAGGAGGUGCUUCGUUCAGACAGUCAGCUGCGGAACGCCGAUGUGGAGCUGCAGCAGCGUGCUGUCGAGUACCUGCGCCUCAGCUGCAUCGCCAGCACCGAUAUACUGGCCACAGUGUUGGAGGAGAUGCCGCCUUUCCCCGAACGAGAAUCCUCCAUCUUGGCUAAGCUAAAGAAGAAGAAGGGAUCAGGAACCGGUACCGAGGUGGACGAAAGUCGAAAGGAGCGCAUUGCUAACGUUAACGGGAACAGCACCGAACACACCACGGCUAGCACGAACGCAAAGGUGAACUCUUCUCCUCCUUCUGACCUUCUGAGUUUGGGAAACAGCACAACUCUGAACUCCACCAGUCCUCCCGUGGCCUCCAGCACGGGCAGCCUGCUCGUGGACGUGUUCUCCGAAAACCUGCCUGCAGCCGGUUUCCGUUCCUCUACACCCAUCAUCGAGGAAAACCUCUCAAGGUUUGUGUGUAAGAACAACGGCGUCCUGUAUGAGAACCAGCUGCUGCAGAUCGGCCUGAAGUCUGAAUUCAGACAGAACUUGGGCCGCAUGUACGCGUUCUACGGAAACAAAACCUCCACCCAGUUUGUGAAUUUCUCCGCCUCUGUGGUGUGCCAUGAUGCACUCAGUGAUCAGCUGAACGUUCACACCAAAGCGUCCGAUCCUGUAAUAGACGGAGGAGCUCAGCUUCAGCAGG